UUCAUGACUUUUCCGUCCAUUUCAGUUCAGCGUCACUACCACCAUCCUUUUUAACUGGGACAACAUGGCUACUGCAGCGAGCCGUUACUACAGCGAGGACGGCAGGGCAACGAAACGACAGAAAACCGACGGAAUGGCGACGGGGUACGAAGACCCACACAAGACCCUUCCAUCUGUGGUGGUGCACGUUCGGGGGCUGGUAGAUGGUGUCACAGAGGCUGACCUGGUGGAGGCCUUGCAAGAAUUUGGAGCAAUCAGCUAUGUGGUGGUGAUGCCCAAGAAGCGCCAGGCUCUGGUGGAGUACGAAGACAUGAACGGAUCGUCCACCGCUGUGACCUAUGCGGCAGACAACCAAGUAUAUAUCGCCGGCCACCCGGCCUUCAUCAACUACUCCACAAGCCAAAAGAUCUCCAGGCCGGGAGACUCCGAUGACUCAAGAAGUGUCAAUAAUGUUCUGCUGCUCACUAUCAUGAACCCCAUCUACCCCAUCACCACGGACGUCCUCUACACCAUCUGCAACAACUGCGGACCUGUCCAGAGAAUUGUCAUCUUCAGGAAGAACGGCGUCCAGGCGAUGGUUGAAUUCGACUCUGUGCAAAGCGCCCAGCGGGCCAAGGCAUCACUUAACGGAGCGGACAUCUACUCUGGCUGCUGCACACUGAAGAUCGAGUACGCCAAGCCCACUCGUCUGAAUGUGUUCAAGAAUGAUCAGGACACCUGGGACUACACAAACCCCAACCUCGGCGGCCCAGAUGGAGAUGGAGAUGGCAAUGGGAGCAAUCCAGAGGAUGUAAAUGCUAACCCCAACAAGCGUCAGAGACAGCCUGCCCUGCUGGGCGACCACCCUCCAGAGUACGGAGGUGGUUACCACGGCUACGACGAGAGCUACGGCUCCCCGCCCUACGAGGGUCGCCGCAUGGGUCCACCAAUGAGAGGGCGCGGAGGCAGAAGCUACGGUCCGAGCUACGGGCCCCCUCCUCCUCCUCCCGGGGAGUACGGCGGCCACGCCGAGUCUCCAGUCGUCAUGCUGUACGGCUUGGAGCCCGUCAAGAUGAACGCCGACCGAGUCUUCAAUAUCUUCUGCCUUUAUGGCAAUGUAGAGCGGGUGAAGUUCAUGAAGAGUAAGCCUGGAGCAGCCAUGGUGGAGAUGGGAGACUGCUAUGCAGUGGACCGCGCCAUCACUCACCUCAACAACAACUUUCUCUUCGGACAGAGACUGAAUGUGUGCGUGUCCAAGCAGCAAGCUAUCGUGCCUGGUCAGUGCUAUGAGCUGGAUGACGGCUCGAGCAGCUUCAAGGACUUCCACGGCUCCCGCAACAACCGAUUCACCUCGCCAGAACAGGCGGCCAAAAACCGCAUCCAGCACCCGAGCAACGUGUUGCACUUCUUCAACGCCCAGCCAGACGUGACGCCCGAGAUUUUCAAUCAGAUUUGUGAAGAGAUCGGUGUCAAGAGCCCCAUCAAUGUUAAAAUGUUCACAGGAAAGAGUGGCGCAGCCCCCAGCGACCGCAGUGCCUCAGGUCUGCUAGAGUGGGAGUCGAUCAAUGAUGCCAUGGAGGCCCUGGCUCUGAUGAACCACUACCAGAUGAAAAAUGCAGGUACGGCCGGUCCUUACCCGUACACCCUCAAGCUGUGCUUCUCCACCGUGCAGCACGCCAACUGAGCCAGUAAGAAGGAGAUUGGCCCACCAUUCCUGGUUCACAUGUACUUAGACCACGACUGCUUUUUAACACGCCUGGAGAAAUUGGAUUUUUUUUUUUCAAGUAUGACUUUGAAAUGAUUUCACAAUGUAAAUUGAUUGCUUAAGUGUAAACUCUUCAUAUUCGGUAUAUUAAGCAGAUCCAGCAGCCAUGACAAAGUUUUGAUAUUUAUGCCCCAGAUGUGUUUCUAGAGUAUCAGUACAUGUGUCUUCAAUACUAAGUUUUACUUUUUUUUUUUUUUUUUGUAUUAUGCUUCUACAGUAACCUGACAUGUGCGUGUGUUUGAGCGAUUUGGUUUUAUGGUCGGCGCUCCAGGAGCAGCAGACAUGGUUUUGUAAAAGUUUGUCUUUGGAAUUUUUAUUAUUAUAGCUCACUUUUCUUUCUUUAUUUUAAAUGCCUAUUCAAUUGUGCGUUACUGUGUCAGAUAUGCAGAUAGAGAAUUGUUUUGUUCUAAGAAAAUAAAAAUAAAACAUCUACUUAUA